CGCUCAUCAGCUGGGAAGGAGGUUUUUCAUGAAAGAUUUUUUUACCCGGGCAAAAUGGAAGAAUACAAACAUUCACUGUUUUUUGUAGCAAGAUACAUGACUGACAAGGAAACGAAGAAGGUGAGAAGAUACUUUCAGAAGAGAAGAGAGUCUGGAGGAGGUGAAUGUGGAGUGAUAAAGAAGGUUUCAGGAAACAGCUAUGUAAUUCGUUUCAAAGACAAAGAAGACCAGGAAAGGGUUUUGCAGAAAAAGUUUCACACCAUCUCUCUUCCUGAUGGAGAAGUUCAACUGACUGUGAGUCGGAUCAACCCAACAGAAACUAGGAAACAACCAAAGACCAGUCAGACACAGACUUUCACAAAAACAAACACGAAAAGUCUCGAGAAAAUUUACCAUUUGGAUGUUUUCCUCCUGCGCUACAUGAGAGACAAUCCCAAGGCUUUCACAUAUCUCCUAAAACAACUCUCUUCAAUUGGUUGUGAGGUGGAGUUAAAGUGUGAUGAAGAGAAGGCCGUGGUGAGGGGAGAUGUGAAUAAGGGCCCUGGAGGAGCUUUCGGAGGUGUUGCAGAGAAAUGUGAGCAGCAGGUGGACCGGAUCAUCGCCUACAUGUCCGAGAAUUUGAGUGGCGCCAUUUCCAAAUAUCAGGCUCGCUUCAUUAGAAAUCCCGUCUCCAUAGAGAUGAGGCCGGACCUGGUUCUGUCCAGCCUGUCCGCUGAUGCUUUGGACGAGGUCCAGGCAGCGCUGGUGAAAGAUCUGAAUGUGUCCACCAUCCAGCUGCAGGGAGCUGCAGCAGUUUCUCCUCAUCUGGAGGAACUGAAAGACAUCCUGAAUCAAGCCCAGAGCAAAGCAAACCGUGACGAGCUCAGAGUGGACGUCAGCUUCAUCCCGGGAAUCAAUGGAGUCAACAAAGUACAACUUGUGGGCUACAGUGAAAACGUGCUUCAGUUUAAAGACAUUAUUCAAGACUAUCAGAUGAACCAAGUCAUGAGUCAGGAUACAGUGAACCUGUCGAAUCCUGAAUUUGCUGACUGCUUUGAUAAAAUCUUAGACCUGACUGGUAUCAAGUCACCCAACAUAACUUUUAAAGUCUCUCAUUUACCAAAUCCUUGUGUGAUCCUGUUUGGUCCCCAUUGCAAAGUUCAAGAAGCCAAGCAGGCUUUACUUUCAGCUUUGGCUUCUCUGAUGUCAGACACGUUGUUUCUGGAAGGCUCAGGAGCUCAGCGAUACUAUCAGACAACUGGUGAAGACAGCAAGGAGCUGGUAGAGCGCUCCUUCCAGGUUAUUAUCCGGGAACAGCAAUGUGUGUCAACUUCAGAUGUAAAAAGCAAACAAAGAAGCUCCAGCAGCCCCAUGACUCGCCUCUCAAGACCUCCAGUUUCUAGAAACCACUCAAAAUCUGUAGGUGGUACUCCUACCACUCACAAUGUGAGUUCUCCACUCAACAAAGCCAACGUUGCCAUCAAGCUUGGUUCUGUGGAAGAUGAGCAGAUUGGUGAAUGCCUUCUGAAGAAAGCUGGGAACGCACUGAAAUCAAAGUUCAACUCUGUGGCGUUGAACUGCAACCUCGCUCCUGGAGACGUUCUGCAGGUUGACGGUCCUCCAUCACUGGGCUGCUCAAAGAUCUUCUUCAUUGAGUGUUUACCUUGGGAUGGAGUCAGAGGGACGAGUGUCCAGGCUCUUGGUAAAGGACUCAGACACUGCUUGGAUCAAUGUACUCAGCAGGGCUUGAGUUCAUUAGCUUUUCCCAUUAUUGGGCCUGGAAUACUGCUAAAAUAUCCUCCAAGCGAAGCCGUCCAAGUGCUCACUGAUGCUGUUUGUGGGUUUGGAACAUCUGCAUCGUCCAGUUCGCUCUCCACCAUCCACAUCAUCAUCAAACCUAGUUAUCCUGACUCAGACGAGCUCUACCGUGACCUCUACCAACACCUGAGCAUGAGCCAAGGAGGGGAAGAGAUCUUCAGAUCCCUCACCAGUGACCUGGAUGAAAUUACCAUCAAGCUGGAAGGCGGAGUUAAACUACAAAUGGUUUUUGGGGACAUCACCGACGAGACGACAGAUCUUGUGGUGAACACAACAGACUUCACAAAUUUUGAUCUCGAAGGUGUGCGCAAACGUGUCUUAGCUGAAGCUGGACCAAAAGUGGAGGCAGAACUUAAAGCAGGAAGCACGGUUCUAACCGAACCUGGACGGUUCCCCUGCAAAGCCAUUUUACACGUGUGUGGAGAGAAGACUGCCGGCCACAUUGAAGGGCUCACUCAACUGAUCAUCAAAAGCUGUGAAACAAACCACUACAAGUCUGUAGCAAUCCCUGCACUCUGUACUGGAGUCGGCGGGAUGCAGCCUGGACUCGUGGCAGGAGCAAUCCUGCAAGGGAUCAAGAAUGCCACGACUUCCACCAACCUUCACACGCUGCGCGAUAUCCGCAUCAUCCUGUACAAGAUGGAUGUGUUCCUGGCAUUUCAGGAGGAAGCCAAACAGAUGUUUUCCACUGCUGUAUACAGCACAGGUGCCCUGCCUAAAACACAGCAACAAGACCACCGACUGUCAGCGAGCGCAGACCUCAGCAUCCUCAGCAACACUCCUGCAAGUCAGAACUCUGCCUUUCUGUUCCUGGGUCUCAGCAGGAAGAGCGUUGAUGACGCCAUGGCAAAGCUGAAAGAUCUGUAUCAGAACCAGUGCUCCACUCACACCUUCAGAAAGGAGGAACUGGACAGCCUCAUGCAGGACGACGUGACAGAGCUGAUGCAGCUGAUCAACACUCAGGGACUGUACAUACAAAAUGAUCAGUCAGGCAACAUAUCUCUGAGCGGCCUAAAAGAUGGCGUCACCCAGGCGGUGAUGGCAUUCAAUGCAAUUCUCCAGGGUAACCUCAGGAGAGAGACGAGAAUCAAGGAGGAAGAGGAACUGUACACCCGUGUGGUUUGGUGCAUCAUGAGCCACAAUGGUCUCUGGGAGAGACUUCCCAAAACUGCAAAUUACAAUUUGGAAAAACAAGACAUUGCAAGGGGAAUAGUGGAUGCACAGGGAGCCACAUGGAUGGUAGAUCUAAACAGCAUGGAGGCCACAAGCCUCAUGGUUGCAGAGCCCAGGAAGCUCAAACGACUGGAGAACCUGCCAGACUUCACCAUGCCUCUGUACUGGGACAGCAUGGCCCCGGGGGAGAAGGUGAAGGUGGUGGCAGUGCCACCUUCCUCUGCAGAGUACCAAGCUUUGAAGAGUGCCUUCAGAAAAACUGAGAGCAAGACUGUGAUGAAGAUUGAGCGUUUGCAGAACAUCCAUCUGCGUCGCGCCUACGAAGUCCAGAAGAAGCACAUUUCAGAGAAGAACAAGCAGGAGGGGGGAGCGAGGGAAAAACUUCUGUAUCACGGGACCACCAAGGACAGCUGCAACUCCAUCACAGAGACCGGCUUUAAUCAUCGAUUCUGUGGACAAAAUGGAACUGCAUAUGGUGCUGGUGUUUACUUUGCCGUCAAUGCAUCUUACUCAGCGAAUCCGCGCUACUCCAAGCCGGCUGCUGACAACUCUCAGGUCAUGUUCGUGGCUCGAGUGCUGACCGGCAUCUACACUCAGGGCAACAAGGACAUGAACGUCCCUCCUCCUCGAGACAGCCAGCGGCCCCACCACCGCUUCGACAGCGUGGUGGAUCAAACGGACAAACCCCAGAUGUACAUCGUGUUUCAUGACAACCAGUCUUAUCCAGACUAUCUCAUCACCUUCAAAUGAGGGGGAAAUAAAACAGCUGGUUUCUCUCUAUAGAGCCACAUUGUAACAUAUGUAUAAUCUCUCUGAGAUCAGCAGGUGUGGGUGUUGCCAUGGAGAUCAGCUGCACUCAGCAGCCAUGGCAGCGAUUCAGCAGGUUUUCAUCCAGUUUGUAUGGUUGAAGAAAUGUUGUUUCUCAAGAACUGAGGGUGAAAUUUCUUUCUUUAUUUUUUUAUUUUCUGUGAGUGUGAGAAACCUUUCAUGGAAUUAUCCUGAAAUUUUCAUGUCUGCAGGAUCGUCCAUAGAGCGGGAAACUGUUUGUAGAAGUGUGAACUUUUUGGUUUGAACAAAUAAAUCUUCCUCCAAAAUGCAUUGGAGCAGAUGGGACAAAAUUCUGUA